UGUCAAGUGUUGCUAAAUAUUGUAAAGCAUGGAUUUAUUUUGUGCGGUAUUUUAAAUUUUCAUUUUAGUCGUUUGCGUUAUUUUUUCCCAUAUUACUAAAACUAAGAAAAUGUCUAAAAGACCAGAACAUCAAGCUCCACCAGAACUUUUUUAUAACGAAGAUGAAGCUAGAAAAUAUACACAGAACUCACGAAUAAUAGAUAUACAAGCACAAAUGACUGAGCGAUGUGUGGAGCUGUUAGUAUUACCAGAAGAUUCUCCAAGCUUACUUCUUGAUAUUGGUUGUGGAUCCGGCCUUUCUGGUUCUGUUCUAGAGGAAUAUGGACAUAUGUGGAUUGGAUUAGACAUCUCUUCAGCUAUGUUAGAUGUUGCAUUGGAAAGAGAGACAGAGGGUGAUUUGGUCCUUGCUGAUAUGGGUGAGGGAGUACCAUUCAAAGCUGGCAGUUUUGAUGGGGCAGUUUCAGUAUCUGCAUUGCAGUGGCUCUUCAAUGCAGAUAAAAAAUCGCAUCAACCAGUUAAAAGAUUAUAUAAAUUCUUCAGUACUUUAUAUGCAUCAUUGUCAAGAUCAGCAAGAGCAGUUUUUCAAUUUUAUCCAGAGAAUGAGAGUCAGUUAGAUCUGCUGACUACACAAGCUAUGAAGGCAGGUUUCUAUGGAGGUGUUGUUGUAGACUAUCCAAAUUCAGCUAAAGCUAAAAAGUUUUUUCUUGUUCUUAUGACUGGAGGGGCUGCACCAUUACCUCAGGCUCUAGGUACAGAAGAAUGUGAUAAUUCACUCCAAGUCAAGUAUGCAAAAAGAGAGGCAUCAAGAGGGGCUAGAGGUAAACCUUUGAAAAAUACAAGAGCUUGGCUCUUAGAAAAGAAGGAAAAAAGAAGGAAACAAGGAAAAGACACCAAACCUGACACAAAAUAUACAGGAAGAAAAAGAAGUGGUCGCUUUUGACAUUUAAACUUUAUUAAUAAAUUAUGAAACAUAUUUUAAGUACAUACAAGAUAUAAACAUAUAUGAAUA